AUGUCCUACACUAUCAAAGUCCGCGUCUACCAGACCAACACCAAUGCCUUCUUCCACAUCGUUGAGAAGGGUUGCUGGCACUACGCCAACGGUGCCCAGUGGACUGAGCAGGACGGCAUCCUGACUCUGUCCAUGGGCGGCAGUGGCACCUCUGGCAUGCUGCGCUUCAAGACCGAGCAGGGCAAGGAAGCCUUCUUCGUGGCUCUUGGCGUGCACAACUACAAGCCCUGGGUUGAUACCGUCACUGGUCUCGGGGAUGAGGUCACCUGUGUUAAGGCUCUGCCGGAGUACUAUGGUAAUGCGUCGGAUCGUACCCGGUCUAGGGAGUCUCAGAGGACGGAGCAGAAUAUUCUGAAUAUUGAUCGCAGGAACAUUUCUACCAAGUACAAGGUUAAGGAGGGAAACAACCUUGAGCUUGAUAUCAUUAUUGGGUAA